AAACCACAUAGCAAUUAUAGCAAAAAUAAUGUUAUACACACAACUCAAUAUUCAAGAACAAAGUGAGUAAAAAAACAAGAACUUUCAUUAUUAUAUCCGUUGAAACCGCUCUCUCAGAGUCACACUCUCUCUGUCUCACUCACUCACUACUCCCUCUCAUUCUCUCUCUCUGAGCUCAGCUCGCUCACUUGCUUUCUCAGAGAGAUACCUUCCAAAUGACUCCAUCUUUCUCUCUCUUCUUCCAAAUCAUCUUCUGAAUUUCCCCUGAAUUUCCAAUGGCAGAAGAAUUUACCCUCUGAAAAAAAAACAGAAUCCCCUGUUUUUAUUUUUAUUUUAUCUUUUUCUUUCUCUAAAAGUUCCCCUGUUUUCAACUAUGGCGACGGAAAACCCAGAUAAAACCAUGAUUCAAACAUUAACUACAACCUCAAUUCUCGGCAUAAAACUCUACAUUUUGAUUUUAAUUUUUGUGGGUCUUUCGAUUUUUUCUUGUUUUCUCAUCUUCAUCUGUUUAAUCAGACGGAAAAACAAACUGGGUGGUCAAAAUCGGGUAUAUUUGCGACAAAAUUCGGGUAUAAUUCCGCUAUUUUCGUCGGAAAUUAAAGCAGUGAAUGAUGAAAAUGGGGUUAAAAAGAAAAUGGGGGAGAUUUUAACGGGAGAUAAAACAGAGGAAAUUGGGAUUUUGGUUGAAGGAGAGAAAAAUAGAAGUAAAUCGACGGAAAGUAGCGACGGAAGUUCUUCAAGUAAAGCGUCGGUGGUUUCAUCGGAUAUUCCAAAUAUUGGGUGGGGCCGUUGGUAUAGCUUGAGGGAGCUUGAGGUUGCGACACGUGGAUUUUCCGAUGAAAAUAUUAUUGGUGAAGGUGGUUAUGGUGUUGUUUAUAAGGGUGUUCUUGAAGAUGGGUCUAUUGUUGCUGUCAAAAAUCUUCUAAACAACAAGGGGCAAGCGGAAAAGGAGUUUAAGGUGGAAGUUGAAGCCAUAGGAAAAGUAAGACACAAGAAUCUAGUUGGUCUUGUUGGCUACUGUGCAGAUGGAGCUCAAAGGAUUCUUGUGUACGAAUAUGUUGAUAAUGGCACUCUUGAACAAUGGUUGCAUGGAGAUGUUGGGGAUGUAAGCCCUUUGACCUGGGACUUCCGUAUGAAGAUUGCCAUUGGAACUGCCAAAGGGUUGGCUUAUUUGCACGAGGGAUUGGAACCAAAGGUUGUUCAUCGUGAUGUCAAGUCUAGUAACAUCCUUCUUGACAAAAACUGGAAUGCAAAAGUAUCCGACUUUGGGCUAGCCAAGCUUUUGGGAUCUGAAGCAAGCUAUGUUACUACUAGAGUAAUGGGAACAUUUGGGUAUGUCUCCCCAGAGUAUGCUAGCACCGGUAUGCUUAGUGAGUGGAGUGAUGUAUACAGUUUCGGUGUUCUGCUUAUGGAAUUGAUCUCAGGAAGGUGCCCAGUCGAUUAUUCGAAACCCCCUGGAGAGAUGAACUUGGUUGAUUGGUUCAAGGGAAUGGUAGCAACUCGACGUGCAGAAGAAGUGGUGGAUCCAUUGAUCACUGUUCAACCCUCUUCUAGGGCACUAAAGCGGGUUUUAUUGAUCUGCCUUCGGUGUAUAGAUCUGGAUGCUAAUAAACGGCCAAAGAUGGGGCAGAUCGUGCAUAUGCUCGAGGCAGAUGAAUUUCCCUUUCGUCCUGAUCAUCGACCUACACGACAGGAUGCUCCUCUGACUUCUGCUACCGAGAAACUUCAGUUAUCCGAUAAAGGGUUCUCUAGGUGAACAUCCAAAGAGACUCUCGAGGAGUUCUAUUAGGAUCUAUUUAGUGUCCAUUACACAAGAUUACAGGUGAUGAGCCUUGGGUGGCAUGUUUUGUUGGUUUAUUCUUUUUUUCCACAUUAUCUUUAUCUGGUUAGAAAGAACUGCAAUUGAAUGAGCCUUGUAUGUACAGUAUAUACUUAUAUAGUAGUAUUUAUCGGCUUCUAGAAGUAAGAAUUUUUCUUUGUUUUCUGUAAAAUUUGGAGGCUCAAACAUUGUUUAUAAAUUGGCUUUUGCACAGA